CCUGGGGUAAGUCAACAUCCUCAAAAUCUCCAGGAAACCGGGUCACUCCCACUCAAUGUCACUGUUCACGUCGCGAGUGGUGUUUCGUACGACCACAAAGGUCCACUCGUCUUCUACAACGAUCCAGCUUGUCCGACCGUCCCGAAAUCCUACAGACCACGCGCCCCUCGCCGAUCUAGCAUUGAAUCAGAAGAGCAACAUGCUGAAAACGUCCGAAUCUUUCGAGAAGCAGCUGAUCGACCAGAGGUCGAAUCAAAGCCUAAAGGAAACUCUAUGGGCCAGAGAUUCUAUCUAGAAGAGGUUCUUCCGCAUCAUAUUAAGCAUCUUAAGUGGCUCGAGGGUAAAUAUAAUCGGAAGUUCUUCUUUGUUGAGAAAAACGACCCAUCUCAUGGAACUCGUUCUAUGAACAAUCCC